AACUCAUCAAGUGAGUUUUAAGACCAAUCCUACUCAAGUUAUUUCAAAUAUAAUUCACAAUGAUAUAAAUAAAUAAAUAAAUGGAUCAUAAAUAAAGAAUGAAUGGAUUAUUACCGCGGAAAUUCUGAUCUUAAAUGUAAAUCAUUUCGGUGUUUGUUAUCAUUAUUCUAAUUAUUAUUAUAUUAUACACUUGAAACAAAAAAACGAUACAUAUGAUGUAAUCACUGUUUUUUUGUUUUUUUUCGUAGUUACUGUAAUCGGAAAUAAUUUUUUUUUGAAAAAAACAAACUUAAAAUAAAAAUUAUUGACGUUUCUUUUUUGUUUUUUUCUUUUUUUCUCUUCAUUGUUACAUUUACAUAUAAAUAAGAAUGAAACUAUAGAAAAUCGUUAUGAAUGCAUCAAUUAAACGUGAACGUUUAAAACCAUUAUCAUCAUCAUCAUCAAUUCGUACAGCGACUAUUAAUAAUCAUAACAAUCAUAAUCAUAAUCACUAUAAUAUUGCUACACGUUUAAAAAGUCGUUUAUGUUCAAAUUCAUGUUUAAAAAUUGUUUAUUUAUCAUGUGCUACAUUAAUAUCAGCUAGUUUUAUUAUUGAAUGUAUAUUAUUACAUUUAAUAAUUGUACCAUAUUUAUCUGAAUCAAUAUUUGAAGAAGGUAUGUGUAAAUAUAGUAGUUCACGUCGAGAUGAUACAAAUAAACGUUGUGAAAAUAAAUGUUCUAAAGAACGUUCUACAUUUCCAUGUUUACAAUUAAAAGUAAUAUUUACACCAAUACAUAUUAUACCAUAUAAAAAAUCAAAUCAGGAAUUAAUUAAUAAACAUAUAAAUUAUAAAAAUCAUUAUUAUAUUAAUAAUAACAAUAACAAUAAUAAUAAUAAUAAUAUGAAUCAUAUAGAUAAUUCAUUUAUAUCUAUGAUAGAUUAUACUAAUACCAUAAAUGAUCCUAAUAUUAUAUCUUCUGAUACAUCUAAUUAUACUAUAUUUUAUGAUUUUGAAUCAUCAGAAUCACGUAUAGUUUAUUUAUAUGAUUAUUUUAGUACAUUUACAGCAUAUAAAACAAGUCGAUGCGCAACAAGUCCAUGUCAUAGACGUGAAGAAGAUAAUAAACUAGCUGUGGAAGAAUUCAAACGUGAUUUAAGUCGACGUAAUAUAUUUCGAUGUUACGCUAGACCAACACCAUCCCAUACAACAUUAAUUGCAACAACAACAUCAACAACACUAACAAAUAUUCCACAAUUUUCGAAUAAUAUUUUAACAAAUGAUCAACAAUCUUUCACUACUACCAUUUCGUCUUCAUCAUCAUUAUCUGUUCCUUCAAUUUCUCAAUCUUCUACAACAUUAAAUAAUUCUAUACUAAUGUCAAUAAAUAAUAAAUCACCAACUAAUCGACAUCAUCUACCUCUUAUUCAACAAUUGGAUUCGAAUCAUGCUGCAGCUAUACUACAUCGUUUAUACACAUCAUCAAUGUUUAUGCAUGGUCUUCUAUGGCCUGGUGGUAUAUUUCUAACUGCUUUAAUCAUUUUAUUAUUUACAUAUUUUACUGAUUCAUGUGAAGCAUGGGCUGGAGAUAAAACUGUCAUUGCUUAAACAGGAAAAUAUAUUAUUUCCUUUAAUGGAUUAAAUUCAAAGUGAAACAAAAAUACAUUGUGUAGAAUGUGAUUCAUCUCAAAUCUUUCCUAAUUUCAAUUAUUAUCAUUAUUUAAUUGAUAUACUAUGGAUCACCAUAUUCUAUUUAGAUUAACUUGUGUUUUUGGCUAUUCAAAUAUUGAUAUGUAUGUGUGUAGGUGUGUGUGUAUGUAAUUUAGAUUGCGUAUUUAUAUGUUUGUAUGUGCAACGUGCAGGUUGUGUGUGUGUAUGUGUGCGUACAUGUAUGCACCUGGAAACAUUAAGUAAUAAAUAGAAUUUAUAAGGGAAUUUGUUCAUUGUUUAUUCUUUCAUUUUAUUUAUGUUAAUUAAAUCCUCAGUAUUGUAUAAUUAAUAAAUUCCUUGAAAUUUGUAUUACUAUUUAUGAAAUUAAACAUGUAUUCAUCUUGAUGUGAAGAUUCAAAGAGUGUAGAGUAAAUAAAUUAUUUGUUAUUUCCA